AUGGCGCGAGACAACUGCAUCGUGGUGGACGGCCGUGACGUCAUCGUGGGGUCCGCAAACAAGUACGACUGCCACCGCUUCGUGCCCGGUCAGCCGCAGGGGCGCCUGCACCGCGCCUUCAGCGUGUUCCUCUUUGACAGCAGCAAUCGACUGCUGCUGCAGCAGCGGGCGGCCGACAAGAUCACGUUCCCAAGCGUGUGGACCAACACAUGCUGUAGCCAUCAGCUGGUGGGCCAGGCGCCUGAGGAGGUCGACAGCGACGAGGACAUUGCAGCCGGCCGCGCGCCCGGAGCUGAGGCCGCCGCGCGCCGGAAGCUGAGGCAUGAACUUGGCAUCGACCCGGUGCAGGUGCCGCCCCUGCGUUUCCUCACGCGGCUGCACUACUGCGCGGCGGACAGCGAUACGCACGGCCCAGCCUCGCCCUGGGGUGAGCAUGAGGUGGACUACAUCCUGCUGGGCCGGGUGCCGCACGGUGCUGAGCUGGCGCUGGCCCCCAACCCCGAGGAGGUGGGCGCGGUGCGCUACGUCACGCGGCAGGAGCUGGCGGCCAUGAUGGACCCGGGCAGCGGUCUGCGCUGGAGUCCCUGGUUCCGCAUCAUCGCAGCACACUUCCUGCCGGCCUGGUGGGACGACCUGGACGCGGUGCUGGCGGACGGCAAGCACGCAGACGCGGCGCGCGUCCACCGCAUAGAUUGCUGA